AUGUUCCUACUGCUGCUGCUGCUGCUGCCGCCGCUGCCCCUGCUGGGUCAACGGUCUUGGGCUCCGGAUCCUGGAUUCAAUCUACAGAUCCCAAAAUCCGUGACGGUGCAAGAGGGACUGUGUGUCGCUGUCCCCUGUGUUGUCUCUUAUCCCCGGGUGGAAUGGAAUCAAUCAACCCCAGCUCUGGCCUACUGGUUCCAGGAUGGGUCCAAUAUUUACACAGAUGCUCCUGUGGCCACAAAUGACCCCGAGAGAAAAGUGCAGGAGGAGACCAGGGACAGAUUCCACCUUACUGGCGACCCUCGGAGGAACGACUGCUCUCUGGACAUCACAGAUGCCAGGAUGACAGACGUGGGAUCAUACUUCUUUAAGAUUACCAGGGGAACUUAUGUCAAAUUCAGCUACAAAUACAACCCGCUCCAUGUGAAUGUGACCGCCCUGACAGAGACCCCCAAAAUCCACAUCCAGGGGACCCUAGAAGCUGGCCGCCCCAAGAACAUAACUUGUAAGGCGCCAUGGGCCUGCAAAAGAGGGAAGCCCCCAAUCUUCUCUUGGAGUGGGGUUGCUGUCACAGCCCUGGGACCCAUGGAUCCCCACUCCUCCAUCCUAACCCUCACCCCGGAGCCAGCACACAACGAUACGACCCUCACCUGCAGAGUGACCCUCCCGGGAGCAGGUGUGACCACAGAGAGCACCAUCCAGCUCAUUGUGUCCUGGAAACCUAGUCCCUGGUCAGGAGUCGUGAAGGGCGUCGCCUGGGGAGUUGGCAUCGCGACCCUGCUCGCUCUCUGCCUGUGCCUCGUCUUCUUCGUAAGGAAGGUCCACAAGAAGAAGUCGGCUGAGAAGGCAGCACACACGAAUGACGUCCAUCCUGCGUUGGGUACCUCCUCCCAGGGUCAUCUGUAUGAAUCCCGGUCAGGAAGCCCCACAGAUCACCCAAGCCCAGCCGCAGCAGCCCCUGCCUCGAAGGAGGAACAGGAGCUCCACUACGCCUCUGUCACCUUCCAAGAGCCGCAGUCCUGGAGCUCACAACACGUCAAGGCACAGGAGACCCCCAACACCACCGAGUACUCAGAGAUCAGACUCGCCAAGUGA